CAUUCUGCAAAGCCAGAGAGAGAGAGAGGGAGGGAGAGAGAGAGAUCUUGUUAUUGUGUAGCUGCUAGUUCAGCACUGUUAGCUGCAGUCUCUGCUCUGCUGUACCAAGGGCUUUUGGCCAUGCAUUUACCCAGACUCACUGUGUUGUUGAUCUCUGCAGUGCUGGUUAAUGGUGGUGUAGUCCGGGCAAGUUCCCACGCAGAUCUCGAUCCAGGCUUCCUUCAGUGUCAUGACUGUUUUUUCAGGGGCUCGCCUCCACAGGCACUCUCUGAUGUGGGUUUGGAGCAGAGAUGUCACAGACAUCUGACCGGACGGCCUUUUGCUUCACUGUUUAACACCAACUGCCAGAGCACAGUCUUCACAGCACUUCACCUCAGCUUGAAUAAUGGAUGGGGCAGAGGAGAGGAGAGCACGGAAGCCCAAGAAGAGAUCAAUGAUGAUUCCCAUGAGGCCAUCCCAGCACUUUACAGAGAAACCUCAGAUGAGACUCCAUCAUCCUCACCGUUCCUCCAGUGGGAUUCUCUGACAGCCGAGUUGAUCCGGAGUUCCAUCAUAGCGAAGUGUUCAGAGAAUGGCGGGGAAAUUUAUGUGCAGAAUGGUGUGGGCGGCUUUAAUGAAUGUGGAGGGAAACCGAUGUGGUCAGCACUGUGUUGUGCUGCUUCAGGCGGAGAUGGUAGCUUCAGUUUUGGGCUAGUGAAGGAGGGGGAUGUGAAAGUACUCAGCAUUAAAGCACUAGAAGAGCGAAUUGGUGUUACAGGUUUGUUUUCAGGAGGCUGUGGUGAAAUAGGACAUGAGAUGGAAGAGGAACUUGCUUCCAUUUUGAAGAAGGAGAUGAAUAGCAUUGAAACACCCAAUUCUGACGCACAAAGCGAGGAACACAUUAGCAAGCGUAACACUCAGGAAGCAGAAUCAUCAGAAUCAAUCGAUGAGGAAGUGAACUCAGAGUCUUCAGAAUCUUCCUUGGGUUCAGACAUGAACAUUCAGGAGGACACCGAAGAAAUUGAGCGCUCCGAAUCAGUUCUUCUCUACAUUUUGUCCACCAUCGUCUCUCUUCUUUAUGCCCCAUUCUCUCCAAUCGUAAACAUAGCCACUAAUCUUCCUUUCCAGCUGGGUUAUGUUCUCCAGGAAGAUCUGGCUGUUCUGGCCUCGGUGCCUGUUGACAGCUUCACUUUGGUCAACAAUCUGGGCUCGGGAGUGUGUUCUGGAGUUUCAUGCAUCUUGAACACCUUGUACCAGACUGGAGAAACUAGCGUGUGCACCAUGUACGCCUGUCUCUCUCCACUAGCUGGCAGCUUAGGGCUGGCAUUCCAGGAGGGAUUCAUAGGAACAGGGACUCUGGCCUCAGAUGCCGUGGGUAUCAUGACAGGAACAGUGGGGAAUGGUUUUAGUAUCAUUAGAACUGUUCUUGGGUCAGUCUGGGAUGGCACGGUAGAUUACCUAUGGGCCGUAUCCUCAGAAAUGGGCCACCAGGUGUCAACUGUAGGCAGUGGGAUUGGCAAACUUACCUGGAGAAGUGGUAAAGGGGUGGGUCACGUGCUUAACUUUGGUGUGUCCAUCGUAGGUGGAGUGGUGGAAAAUACUGUAGACAAUGUUCUGGAAGCUUUUGGAGGAAGCUCAGGGGAGUCAUCUCAAUUGCAAACACCUGAGUUGCUGACAUCUGAAGUGGUUGGUGAAUAGAUUUGAAUAUAUGUGUGUAUGGUUGUGUUAGCUAUAUCUUAUUUGCAUAUUACACAACAAAUAAAGCGCAACACCACUUAUCCACUUUUGUUGCAGCCUUGGUUUUGGAAGAAUUUUCCCUUUUUUUUUUUUUUUUAAUCAACAAAAAAUGUAAAUAAAUGCAAAGCCAUGAGCCAAA